CCACGCACGACCAUCGUAAGCUCCCGCAAAUUCACACAGAAGGGAGGCCGGUGAUCUCAUUAAGAGUACUUUUAUUAAGGGGAUAUUGGUGUUUUGGCUCACCGUAAUCAUGGAAACAAUUUUGGAACAGCAGCGCAGAUAUCAUGAGGAAAUGGAGAGGCUAAUGGACGCCAAAACGAAGGAAAUGCUACACAAGAAAGCGACGCUGAGAGAUCAAAUCAAUUCUGAUCACAGAACCAGAGCUAUGUUGGAUAGAUACAUGGAAGUUUGUGGAAAUCUGAGCGAUUCGUACCACGACAAGGAUGGUAUGAGGAAAGACGAGCUGAAUGCCAUCUCCGGUCCAAACGAAUUCGCGGAGUUCUACAAUCGUCUGAAACAGAUCAAGGAGUUCCACCGAAAACACCCCAAUGAGAUCUGCGUGCCCAUGUCUGUGGAGUUUGAUGAGCUGAUGAAAGCCAGAGACAACCCCAGUGAGGAGGCACAGAACCUGGUGGAGUUCACUGACGAGGAGGGAUAUGGCCGCUAUCUGGACUUGCACGAUUGCUACCUGAAGUACAUCAACCUGAAGGGUGCAGAGAAACUGGACUACCUGACCUAUCUGUCCUCGUUUGAUCAGCUGUUCGACAUCUCCAAAGACAGAAAGAAUGCAGAAUACAAAAGGUAUCUGGAGAUGCUGCUGGAGUAUCUGCAGGAGUAUACGGACCGCGUGAAGCCUCUGCUGGACCAGAACGAGCUCUACGGGAAAAUACUGCUGGAGUUCGAGAAGAAGUGGGAGGGGGGCAGCUUCCCCGGAUGGCCGAAAGAGACGAGCAGUGCCUUGACUCAUGCCGGAGCUCACUUGGAUCUCUCUGCCUUCUCCUCCUGGGAGGAGUUGGCUUCUCUGGGGCUGGACAGGUUGAAGUCUGCCCUGAUGGCCCUGGGCCUCAAGUGUGGAGGGACCCUAGAGGAGAGGGCCCAGAGGCUCUUCAGCACCAAGGGCAAGUCUAUGGAGUCCCUGGACCCCUCUCUCUUCGCCAAGCACCCCAAGUCCAAGGGGCCCAAGAAGGACACAGAAAGGAACAAGGAGAUCGGGUUCCUGGAGGCCCAGAUAUAUGAAUAUGUGGAGAUCCUCGGGGAGCAGCGUCAGCUGACUCAUGAGAACGUGCAGCGUAAGCAGGCUCGCACAGGCGAGGAGAGAGACGAGGAGGAUGAGGAGCAGCCCAGUGAGAGCGAGAGUGAAGAUGAAGACAACGAAAUCAUCUAUAACCCCAAAAACCUGCCACUAGGCUGGGACGGGAAGCCCAUUCCGUACUGGCUCUACAAGCUGCACGGUCUCAACAUCAACUACAACUGUGAGAUCUGUGGAAACUACACGUACCGCGGACCCAAGGCCUUCCAGAGGCAUUUCGCAGAAUGGCGCCAUGCUCACGGUAUGCGUUGCCUGGGCAUCCCCAACACGGCCCACUUCGCCAACGUGACUCAGAUUGAAGAUGCCGUCUCAUUGUGGUCCAAACUCAAGUCCCAGAAGGCCUCAGAGAGGUGGCAGCCAGACACAGAGGAGGAAUACGAGGACUCGAGUGGAAAUGUGGUCAACAAGAAGACUUACGAGGAUCUGAAGAGGCAGGGUCUGCUGUAAACCUACACAACACGAGUCGACACGAGACUUGAAGAAGUAGACAAGAGCGAACAGGAGCGAGCUUUUCUGUCAAAGCCAGUAAGGCAGUGUAACACGAAAAAACACAGGAAUUGGUAACACCAAUAACGUGAAACUGAAGAAAGCCUAAGGAAGUACAUUCAACCAGACAUGGAUGUUACUGGCUCCUACACACACACACACACACACACACACACACACACACACACACACACACACACACACACACACACACACACGCACACGCAUACAUUUGUAUCGAAUGGGUCAUCUGCAUUAUUGCGGAUAUCCAUAAUUUCCUAAUGCCAUUUUACUGUCUCUCCCCCCGCAAGCAAUUUUUAUGUUGUUUAAAGAUAUAUUUCUGUUGUUUUUAAAAGAUAAAUCGUCCCUUUUCCAUUCCUUUUCUGUAGCUGAAAUAUAUACAGUAAGAUGGGGGAUGUCUUUUUGUAAAUGAUGCUUCAUCUAAUAAAUUUUCUGUGAUCUUUUUCA